GCAGUUUCCGAGCUCUUUGCUGGAUGCUUCGGCCGUGGUUCCUGAGGCCCUUGUAGCUUUUUUCAUCAAGCCUGUCGGGGAAGUGCCUGGCGGUGGGCAGAAGAAGUCCGGAGCACAGAGCUGGGCAGCCGAAGUGGACAUUGCCUGGCUUUCUUUGGCGCGAAAACCGCCCCGAGUUGAGCUCCCUCCCUUGAAGCAUGUCCAUCUCGCCAAGGCAGAUUCCUUGCGGGUCACCUGCCUGCCCAGCCCAGCAACGAGCUUGCCGUCUCGCGAUCUCCUGGACUUCCUCUGUCCUCUGUGUGAGAGCGGCAACUGGUGUUCCCAGCUCCAAGCCACCGUCCAAGCUGCAUUCGCUGAUCUCAUCUUGAGGUCGAAGGAACAGUUCUGCUGUGAGGGCCGCUUUCAUGACGAGGGUGAACUGAAACGGAAUGCGAUGAGCUUCGCGACUUGCGCUUUGCAAGAGCUUUCACGUUCUGUGCAGAAAGGCAUCGAAAGAUGCAUCAGGGAGCUCGCCUCCGUUUCGCUGGUGCAAGCAAGCUUGAAUGUGUGUGCCAUGUCCCAGAUGGUCCGGCGAUGUGACCUGGGAUCACCGCGGCUUUUCGCAGAAUCCCAAGGAAGGAUGGUCGGACAAGAUCUGGUUCAGGGCGGACUCGUGCUGGGCGAGGAUGAGCGGAAAGCCCUGGCAAAGGCCGUAGUGGAUGUCGCCAUUAGCAUCUACACCAUCGGCAUGAUGAAGGAGUACAGCGCGCCCGUGGAGACAAUCAGUCGCUGGGUGCCUGCAUUAGCCGCAUUUUGGCCGAGCCUCGAAACCUCCAAGCUUUCCUGGGAAGAGCGGCACCAUGCGAUUGCAAAGCUGCUGUACGAGGUCGGGCUGCGCUUGGGCGGCUUGCCUUUCAAAGCCAUGCAGUUUGUGGGGCUGCGCGAUGACCUUCCGGACGGGUACAGGAAGUGGUUCUCCAAGGCACAGGAGAACACUGAAUUCUUCAGCCCACCAGAACACGUGCAGCGAGUGCUGGGUGCCUUUGGUCCCAGUUUGCAUUGGAGCGAUGAGCCCAAGAAGUCCGCGUCGAUCGCGCAGGUGCACUUGAAGGCGACCUGGAAUGGAUGGCCGGCUGUUGCCAAGGUGCAGCACGCGCACGUGAGGGCGGAGUACACCGGCGACCUGAAAACUAUGGCUGAGCUUGGAGCCUACGUGAACAAGUAUGAGGAGGCGAAGGGUGCGGCCGUGAUGCUGGCGGCCCUGGCCGAGAAGCUGGCACCGACGGUGGAGAUGGAGACGGACUUCAUGAAAGAAGCGGCGAAUCAGGAGCGUGUGCGCGAGCUCUUUCGGCAGCACGGCACAGACGUGGCUGUUGCUCAGGUGUACAUGUCCUCGCCGGAGGGUUUGGUCAUGCAGAAGCUGGAGGGCAUCACAGCGGCGGAGGCCAUUGCUGGCUGGAAGCAAGGAGGAGGAGCGCAGAACGACCUUUUUGGACGGGAGCAGCGGGAUGUCGUCUACAGUGCCUUUGCAGAGAUGGUGCUGAAGCAUGGCUUCUUCCAGAUGGAUGCGCACCCAGGCAACCUCAUGAUCCUGAAGGAGGGGCGCCUGGCACUGCUGGACUUCGGACAGUGCUGUGAGCCCACUGAGGAGCAGCACCGUCGCUUCCGGCACUUUGCGCUCGAGGCCCCGACCUCCCAAGAAGCAGCCAAGGACACCGCGAAGCUGAAGUCCUGGUUGGCCAACAUGGGCAUCGAAGUGACAGAACUGAAGGCAGAGAAAACGGCAGAGUUGCUCUUCUACGGUGCGAAGAGCUCCAUGUUCCCAGACACGGAUAAGAUCGACCCGGAGAUCAUGCCGCUGCUCCUGAUCGUGCUCUACCUCUCGCGCUUUGAGAACACGGUGGCGCAGCUGCGUGUCCAGGCCGGUUUCCAGGAUGCCGCGGACCACUUUGCCGUUCUCCGCGCUUUCAACAAAGCGGCCAGGGUGGGAGGUGAGGUGCACAUGGACCUCUGA